CGCGCGGGUUAUGAUGGAGAAACGGAGACAACUACAACAAGGCUGAAACGACAAACGAUCGACCGACCGGCCGACAAAGUUUAUAUCUUCCGAAUCAGCAAAGAGUUAGAUGGCCCAGGUCCUCGGUGAUCCCGUCAGCCCGGCCGGCGAUGCUAACGAUUGCCUUUCAAAUGUCAAACCCACUACAUGCAGAAGCGAGAGAUGCGACACCCUGCUGCAGCACCUUACAGACGAACCAAACAACCUCACGACACCCAAACCCACGGGGACGUUAGGGUCCACCCAUCUCAACGGCCAGACAGAAAAGCAGUUUAAGAAAAUCCACAGAGUUAUUCUCCCGCAGGAAAAUAGCCAACAAUCGCUAGGUUAUCUUACUCCAUUUCAAAAAAUCCUCAUCCACCCGAUCCCGAUCAACCUCCCAGUUCCAUGCCCAUUCCUAGCAACCCCAUCCCUCACCGUCACCAGGGCUACAAAAAUCAGAUGCGAAUUUCGCGAACCACGUUGAACGUAUGAUACCUAUUCACCGCCAGUAAAGUACCGUAGGGCAACACGGACGAUCAAGUGCCCAUUCCACCGGGAACCUGUGAACAGGCGACUACAACAUGGACUCGCCCAACCAGCGCGCAAGCAUCACGGCAACGGGACCACGAAGUUCAAAACAGGUAGCCCUAGGGGAAGGGAGGGGGUGAUAAAACCGUUCCCCUCAGAAACCACCCCGUUUCGGCACGACACACGGUCUAAAAACUUAGUGAAGGUUUUCAAAAUAAUAAUAAUAAUUAUCGUCAUCAACGUCAUAAGGG